AUGAAAAUCGAUACAGAGAAAAUUUUGUACCAAAAAGCAAUUAAGAGAGUUAACACUUACCUUAGUAUUAUUGGCUUAUACCUUAAAAAUCAUGAACCGGAACAAAAUAUAAAACGCCUUGUGAAGCGUUGUAUUGGACCUCUUUUUAUUUCGAUAUCUCAGUAUCAUUUAUCUGGUGAAUUAAAUCUUUUGCUACCCUUCUUUAUUUUAUACCCAUUUGACGCUUUUAAUAUUUAUGUGUGGCCUUUUGUGUACAUACAUCAAGUAUGGUCAGCCGUUCUUGCUGUGUUUACCGUUUUGGGACCGGAUACCUUAUUAUACACGUCUUGUGUUUUAAUCAAUGAUCAUUUUUGUCAACUGAAACAUGAAAUUAGAUUUAUUUUCGAUCACCAUGAUCCUGAAUUAGGUGUACGAGAUAAUGGUUUGAGGGAAAAAAUUGUAAAUGUAGUUGAAUUUCACACACAAUUGCUGCGUCAUUUACAAUGGAUUGAGAUAAUUUACUCGAAGUCAACGCUUUGUAAUGUAUUGACCAGUUCUUUACUAAUUUGUUUCACCGGUUUUAAUGUGAUGGUAAUAGAUAACAUGAUAAUGGUGAUGCCAUUCAUCCCGUUCUUGCUCAUGGUUAUUGGGCAAAUAUUUUUAUUAUGCUACUACGGAGACUUAAUACAAAAAUCUAAUGAGGGGUUAACUGAAGCAGUAGCACAGAAGCCUUUUAAAUUCACAGCGUAUGGUUUUGUGGACAUCAACAUGGCAGCGUUUACAAGAAUAAUGAGCACAUCUUGGUCCUAUUUUGCUUUAUUGCUAUCGUUUAAUAAGACCGAAUAA